AUGGCGGCCUUGUGCAGAUUCUUGAGUAUCUCAGCCUUUCUAUUCCUUCUCCUUGCCUCGUUAGCCUGUUCGCUCUCAUUUGAUCUGCCUAGCAUCAGUCCAGCUGAUGAUGCUGGCAUCCAACUCACACCAUCUGAACCGAAUUACAAAGCUGGUCGAGCCAACUAUGUUGAAUUGUUGCACCUAUGGGACAAGGAUUCUGGAGAUUUAGCUGAUUUUACCACCCAUUUCACUUUCACCAUAGACUCAUAUGGCAGCAGUAGAUAUGCCUCUGGACUGGCCUUCUUCUUGGCUAACGUUUCGACUCCAUCCAAUACAACACUCACUGGUGGUGGUGGUAUUGGCCUUAUGGAUCGGCAUCUAACAACAUCCCAAGAUCCUUUUGUUGCCGUGGUGUUUGACACAUUCUCACACCAGGAGAAUCGAUCUCAGACAAAUGUAAGUAUAAACAUUAAAUCUGUGUUAGAGACUGUUAAUAUCACAGAAUGGUUGAACGACAUCGCUAUGGGGAUGCCUAAUAAUGCUUGCAUUACUUAUAGUGCUACUUCCAAGAUUCUUCAAAAUUGGCUUCUCAGCAGCAACAGCACGAACUUUUUUGAGAGUAACACUGUCAGCUCAUGGAAGUUCAAUUCCUCUUCGGUGGGCAAUGUUUCUUUGUCACCACCUCCAAGUUCUCCUUAUAAGCCACCCAUAGUUACACCCCCCACUAGCCCAAGCCCAAAUGCUAACCCAAAAGAAAAGAAAACGAAGAAAGGACUAGUGACAGCACUGAGUAUUGGGGUUCCUGUUUUAGUUGUCCUAUUGGUGACUUUAUCCAUCUUUACCUGCCUAAAGAAGACACAAGCAGAAAAGGGAAACAAUCAGAUUAUUCUUGAUCAGGCCAUGGAUAGUGAAUUUGAAAAGGCUGGGAGUGGUCCUAAAAGGUACCCAUACAGUGAAUUGGCAAGUGCAACUAACAACUUUGCAGAGGAGCAGAAGCUUGGAGAAGGAGGGUUUGGUCAAGUUUACAGAGGUUUCUUGAGGGACUUAAACUUGGAUGUGGCUGUUAAGAGAGUAUCAAGUGAGUCUAAUCAGGGGAUUAGGGAAUAUACAUCAGAAGUAAAGAUCAUCAGUCAAUUGAGGCAUAGAAAUUUGGUACCACUUCACGGUUGGUGUCACGAGAAAGGGGAAUUGCUGCUUGUUUAUGAAUACAUGCCUCAAGGUAGUUUACACUCCCAUCUCUUCAAGAUAAACUCACCUUUGAAUUGGGAGCUCAGGUAUAGAAUUGCACAAGGCUUGGCCUCAGCUUUGUUCUAUCUUCACGAAGAGUGGGAACAAUGUGUAUUGCACAGGGACAUUAAGUCCAGCAAUGUCCUGUUGGAUUCAAGCUUCAAUGUUAGACUUGGUGAUUUUGGGUUGGCCUGGUUGGUUGACCAUGAAACAGCACCCGAAAAGACUUAUUUGGGAGGGACACCAGGGUACGUAGCUCCAGAAUGCCUCUUCACAUUCAAAACCAGCAAAGAAUCAGAUGUCUACAGUUUUGGAAUUGUUGCGUUAGAAAUUGCAUGCGGACGAAGAGCAAUUCUUACUAAAGAACCCGAGGGUGGGAAAAGCUUGGUAGAUUGGGUUUGGGAUUUGUAUGGAAUGGGAAAGCUACUGGAAGCUGCAGAUCCUAAGCUAUGCGGAAAUUUUGAGAAACAAGAAAUAGAACGGUUAAUGAUUAUCAGGUUGUGGUGUGCUCACCCUGAUAGUAACUCCCGCCCACCAAUAAGCCAAGCUUUACUUUGUCUUAAAUUCCAAGGGCAACUGCCCACCCUUCCAUCAAUGAUGCCUAAGCUAGUUUACUCAUUUUCUUCUAAUGUGCCCUUAGUUUCGAGUUCGCAUUCCCAGACAUUUGAGUACCAUUCGAGUUCUGGCCGCCACAACAGUUGUCCCUCACGUUUCACUUCAUCUUCGAUCUCGGAUGCAAGUUCUUCGGCAUCUGUCCCACACUUUCGCACACGCUGAUAACACCAACAUUGUUGGUUUCUCCAUCUUAGUUUCAAUCAAAAACAUUUCUCUAUCUAUUAAUUACAGGUUUCUGUGUGGUUGUUAUAGUCAUUUCUAGGGGGUAAAUUAUGGAUGUUUGCUAGAUGUAUAAUGAUG